AUGGAGUUCAUACGAGAAUAUGGAAUAGCGACAAAAGUUGGAUACUUUAUGAUGGAUAAUGCCACCAACAUGAAUACCAUGAUCGACAAAGUCUCCGACGACUUGGAGCACGAGUUCGAAGUUUUCUACGAUCCUCUUCCUCACCGACUUCGCUGUUUCGGCCACAUCAUUAACCUGGCCGUGAUGGAGUUCCUCAUGGAAAGCGACCACCCACAGCAGAUUCCUACCACGGACCGUCCGACGACGAAGUUAAGCAAUGGAGAAAGCGAGGGGCGAUAG